UUUGGUAGCACGAGCACUGUUUGUGGACAGACGCAGCAGCGGUCUGACGCGACACACGACGUCCUCUGUGAUUGGACACGAAACCCGGAAGCACUUCCUUUGGAGCGGUUGUCAACACUGGUCAAGACAACAUGGCUGGAUUACAGAGGGGACACAGCUGCCGUUAUUAGGACACAUUCAAGGAGAAACGUCUGUUUGAUUGUCCUACAACAGCAUCCAAACUUUAUUAUUAGGCUUGUUUUCGUUGUGUUGAAUGCGGAGCUUGUCCCAUGUGAAGACAGGGUGAAGACAGAAACAUGCACAAGCUCACAAGGGCGACGCUGGCCUUAAACGGACUUGGCCGGUGUUUUAUUGCAGAAAAGCAUUUAUCCGCUAUAAAAAUCACCAGCCGAGGAUUUGCUGAUGAUUCUGGCAAGCAUGAAGUUUAUGAUGUUAUUAUAUCGGGGGGAGGAAUGGUUGGAUCUGCAAUGGCAUGUUCCCUAGGCAUGGAUCCCAACUUGGUGGGGAAGAAGAUUCUUCUGCUUGAAGCGGGCAACAUGAAAGUGAUGGACAAGGUCCCAGACACCUACAGCACCAGAGUCAGCUCCAUCAGUCCGGGCUCCGCCACACUCCUGAGUGGUAUUGGAGCAUGGGAACACAUCACAAAGAUGAGGUGCAAGCCCUAUAAAAGGAUGCAGGUUUGGGAUGCCUGCUCAGAUGCCCUGAUCACAUUCGAUAAGGAGAACCUGGAGGAGGAGAUGGCCUACAUCGUGGAGAACGACAUCGUGGUGGCUGCGCUCACUAAACAGCUGGACAGCCUGUCCGAUAAUGUGCAAGUUAAGUACAGGUCCAAGGUGGUGAAGUAUGAGUGGCCCAUGCCCCACCAGGCUGCAGAAUCCAUCCCAUGGGUCACGGUCACGCUGGCCAACGGAGAGACUGUUCAGACCAAACUGCUGAUUGGGGCAGAUGGACCAAACUCAAUGGUGAGGCGGGGACUGGGAAUAGCUACAGUCAAGUGGAAUUAUGACCAGUCUGCUGUGGUUGCUGUGCUUCACCUAUCAGAGCCCACAGAGAACAAUGUCGCAUGGCAGAGGUUCCUCCCAACAGGACCCAUUGCAAUGUUACCGCUGUCGGACACUCAGAGCUCUCUGGUGUGGUCGGCCAGCCAUCGGAUGGCGGAGGAGCUGAUGGAGCUGGACGAGGAGAGCUUCGUUGAUGCUGUAAACUCUGCCUUCUGGAGUAAUGAGAACCAGUCGGAGCUCAUCGAGACGGCUGGCUCUCUGUUCCGCGGCGCCCUGUCAGCCAUCAUGCCAUCUGCAGGUUCACCUCGACAGCUUCCUCCGAGUGUGGCGGGGAUCGGCCCAAAGACCAGAGUCAUGUUUCCUCUGGGCAUCGGCCAUGCAUCCGAGUACAUCAGGCACCGGGUAGCUCUCAUUGGGGAUGCAGCCCAUCGAGUCCAUCCUCUGGCCGGUCAGGGAGCCAACCUGGGCUUUGGGGAUGUGGCUUGCCUCACACGGGUCCUGAGCCAGGCUGCCUUUGACGGGAAGGACCUGGGAGCGAUGCAGCAUUUGUUAGAAUAUGAAACUGAACGCCAGCGAAAGAAUCUGCCCAUGAUGGCAGCCAUCGACCUCAUGAAGCACCUCUACUCCACUAACGCCGCUCCUGUGGUUCUCCUACGCACCUUCGGUCUGCAGGCCACCAACAUGCUCCCGACACUAAAAGAGCAGAUCAUGGCGUUUGCAAGCAAGUGAUGCAUUCAGCAUGCAAGGUUGUUCGGGGAUCUUCAAAGACUGUGAGGCUGUAAAAAUUGUGAAUGUUAAAAUAAUAAAGAUUUAUUUUACUCUUUGGCGAUGUCUGUUUUUGUUUGUGCUGGUUUUG